UUUACCUGAAUGUGUUGGAGGGGAGCCGGCACGUCACGUGACCCCCGGCGAUCACGUCAACAGACAAAAACAGAUAACAGACCAUGGAUGUAUUAUAUAACAGACACGGAGGAAACGGUCUCAUAUGUUGUGUUUAUUUGACUUCUUCAUAGCACAGGCUGCAACAUGCUCACCUGUGAGAUCUGCGGGGAAGAGGUGCUGCUGGAGCAGGACAUGAAGACGCACCUUCUCCUCAGUCAUAUGGAGGGCGACCAUCACUGUCCACUCUGCUCUCUGUCUGGUGUGUCCUACAACCAACUCUGCUUCCACAUCACAUCUGCACAUCCUGAAGACCCAUUCACAUGCACUCAGGCUUCAAACACUGGUGAACCUGGAGGCACCACCAGGGUAACUGGAGGCACCGUCAGGGGAGCUGGAGGCACCAACGGGGGAGCUGGAGGCACCGUCAGGGUAACUGGAGGCACCGUCAGGGGAGCUGGAGGCACCAACGGGGGAGCUGGAGGCACCACCGGAGGAACCGGAGGCACCAACGGGGGAGCUGGAGGCACCACCUGGGGAACCGGAGGCAACAUGGGUGGCAUCAGUCGUGGAGCUGGAGAAGCAGUGCUCUUUGAUGCCUCGAUGGUCAGAACAGACUUGGUACCAAGCAGACAGAGAAGCUCAGCAGGGGUCAGCUGUUCAUCACAGGAAGAGACUCCACUCAUUCCUGCUGCCAUGACAACACAAGAUUCAAAAGGCAAAUCUAAGCAUGUGAAGGCCCAACCACUGCUGCCGUCCUCUUCAAAGAGAGAGAAGGUUUUCUCCUGCCCCAUGUGUUCUCUGGUGUGCAGCAGUUCCUUCAUCCUGCAGGAACACGUGGAGCUGCAUCUGCAGGAGCAACACUCAGAUGAAGUGGGCGAAACCCGCUGUGACGUCAUGCGCAUUCCCUCUAUCCCACAUCAACAUCAUCACCGGAAGCUAAACAAAGUAUCAACUAGCGCUCUGGGGGGGUAUUGCACCGCGGAGAAAUGGAGUGACGGAGAAGUCCGAAGGGUUCAGGACGGCGUCACGGCGACAGCGUACAACUGGAGAGGCUGCUGGACUCCGGACUCCUGCUCCGCCCCUGUGACAUCACACCCAGCCAGAUCCCCCUCAGGAGGGCGGAGGUUGGAGUGCCCCCUGUGCUCCGCCGUAUUCAGCCACAGCUUCUCUCUGCAGGAACAUGUGGAGCUGCAUCUGGACCCGGGCUCAGGUGGGAACGGUACAGGGAGCCUGGACGGGGACCUGCAGCUGGCCACGCGGCUGCAGCAGCAGGAGGAGAGCAGGAGGCAGGAGCAGGCCCGGCAGGAGGAGGAGCAGAGCAGGAGUCUGGCCACCCAGCUGCAGCAGCAGGAGGAGGCCCGGCAGGAGAGGGAGGACUUCCACAAGCUGCAGAGGCAGUUUGGGCUGGACGGGUCGGGGGGCUACCGGCAGCAGAUGGAGAGGACCAUGGAGAGGGCGGUGGCCCGGGGCGUGCUGCCCCCGGCACACUUCCACCUCCACAAGGCCAAUAUGAUGGAGUCUCUGGCCUCGGGGGUGGAUGACGGAGCGACUAGAACUCAGGGUGUGAUCCCAGCGUUACGGGAGUACUACCAGAGCCAGGCCCUGGACUGCGUGCACGUGUGGCUGGCUGCAGACACGGACCACUACAGCUCCUCUGGGGGAGACAAAGGCUGGGGGUGUGGAUACAGAAACUUCCAGAUGCUGCUGUCUUCCCUCAGCAAUGUAGACCCCUACUCCACACACCUGCAAGGUAGGGCGGUGCCCUGCAUCCCUCAGCUGCAGACCAUGAUAGAGGAGGCCUGGAAGGAGGGGCUGGAUCCACAAGGCGCCUCCCACUUCAACCAGCAGCUGCAGGGGACGCGGGCGUGGAUCGGAGCCACGGAGAUCUACGUCCUCCUCACCUCCCUGGGAAUCAGUGCUCGCAUCAUGGACUUCCACAAGCCGACCGGACCUGCUGGUACCCACCCCCUGCUCUUUGACUGGGUCAGGGAAUAUUUCAGUCAGUCCAACAGGAGCAGUAGACUCCCCCCCCGCUUCAUCCAGACCCGUCUGCCCCCCCUCUACCUCCAGCACCAAGGUCACAGCCGCUCCGUGGUGGGGUUGGAGCAGAGGAAGAACGGUGUCCUGUGUCUGCUGCUGUUUGAUCCGGGGUGUCCUCCGUCACACAGCAGCAAGCUGCUGAGCAGCAGCACGGUGGGCGGAGCCCUGCGGCGCCUGCGGAUCUUCCCCCGGAGUCUGAAGCACCAACAGUACCAGCUGGUGGCGGUAGAGAGCACAGUGCUGUCUGCAGAGGAGAAGCAGACGAGGAUCCUGCAGUCCAGGCUGCUGUCUGCUGAGAAGAUCCCAUGAACCUCCUCCCUGUCCUGCUGGCAGGUGCCUCUUAUCUUUUAGAUGUUUUAAAAACUAAUUCUCACUCAAUUUUUAAAUAAACACUGUUUUUCUACAAACCUGGGAGUAUAUUGGAUGU